GCUUAAGGCACUUUGUCACACUUCUCAUCCUAUAAAAGACCUCCUCUCCUAGAGCCUCACUCCUCCUUCUAAAUUAAACCAACAGAUUAAGUACUACACCCAAUUUCAUCACCACCAAGACCUUGAGUUCAAUUUUUCUUCCGCUAAAAGUUUCAAGAAGCCAGCCAUGCAGCCUGAUGAGGCUACAGGGCUUCAUUACCUAGUCCCUUCCGGUUCAUUAUCAUCUCCCUACCCACCUCAUUUUAGCAUGAUGAGUACUACUACUCAAAGCAACCCAGCCAGCGCUUUUCAAUUCAACCGAUUUUCCGCUACUCCAUUAUACAAUAAUUACCAAUUUCCUUCCCACUUAGUUCCUCAAGAAGUUAAUAACAAUAAUAAUCCCCAGCAACCAUGUUCCUUCAGCAGUAACUCAACCUCUGACGAAGCUGAUGAGCAGCAACUAAGUCUCAUCAAUGAGAGGAAACAGAGACGAAUGAUAUCCAACAGAGAAUCUGCACGUAGAUCGCGUAUGCGCAAGCAGAAGCACCUGGAUGAGCUCUGGUCACAGGUGGUUUGGCUCAGAAAUGAGAAUCACCAACUUGUGGAUAAGCUGAAUCAUGUGUCGGAGUCCCAUGACAGAGUUCUGCAAGAGAAUGCUCAGCUCAAAGAGGAGGCUUCUGAACUCCGCCAAAUGCUGAGUGACCUGCAGCUGCAUAGUCCUAAUUCUAACUAUCAUCCAUCCUUGAGAGACCAGCUGGAGGUCGAUGUUCCCUGCAACACAGCUUAUCUGAGAGCAGAGUCCUCAAACCAGCCCAUCACAACAAGUUCGAUGGAUUUGCUAGGCUAAAUAAUUAAGAUCGAUUGAUCGAUGGAGGAGAGAGAGUUUUUAUCAUUUUCCAUCCAUGGUGGUUCACUUCUGUUUGUGUAGAAGUGAACCAGCCUCUCUGUGAGAUCCAAUUAGAAAUUUGAGGAUUUUCAUUGAAUCCUUGAUCAAUAAAAUUGGCAUUCUCUUUGUUA